CAUUUUUUUGUAUAUCUUUCUAAUUUGUGGUACUCUAAUGUCAUAUGUCAUAGUCAUGGACACAAUACGUAUGUCAUGGAUGUGGUUAGGGACGUAUUAUUUCAUAGAAAAACUGGUACUGCUUUGGGUUUGUCCUGUUGCAGCUGUUUGCUUCUUUGAAGUUCUUUGUUUUAGAUAUACCUAUCAACCCACUUUGAGUCUCGCAGACUGCAGUAAUGGUAAAAAUUAUAUUUGAAAAUAAAUCCACCUCCCGUGUAGACGCUACUUACGUGACAUUUUAGCGGAAUUCUGAAGACACAGAACAAGCCACUAAUAAAUAAGAAGAAAAAUGAAUUGACUUGGGCACAAGCCUAUUAAAGGAAAUAAUAAUAAUAACUAUUAGUAGAUACUACGUACGUAUGCUGACACUGGCCUAAGGUGGCCGCCAGUAAGUAAGUAAUAAUAACAGCCCUAUGGAUUUACAUACGAAUGUCCAAUUUAAACAAGAGCCAGUUGAUGUUCCGGAAGAAGAACAAAGGAAAAUGGAGGAGCUGGAUCUGUAUGCAGAUCAUGAAAUCAAGGAAGAAUUAGUCAUAGGACCUGUGGUGUUGAAGCCUGUGCAUGUGCAGAACACAUCUGAUGGAUUGAAUGUCGAUGUUCAACCAUACAAAUGUGAUACAAACAUUGAACAUUACACAGGUAAAUACCAUCUUAAGCAUCAUAAUAUAAGUCAUACUGGAGAGAAGCCGAACCAUUGUGAACAAUGUAACUUAACUUUUCCCUGUAAAGUAAGUUGUAGUAAAAAUGUAAGAACUUAUACAAGAGAAAAACAGCACAAAUGUGAUAUUUGCCAUAAAUGUUUCAAAAAAAACCGUGUCCUUCAAAUUCAUGUAUUGACUCAUACUGGGGAGAAACCAUACAAAUGUGAUAUUUGCAAUAAACGUUUCGCAACAAAAUCUCAUGCUAAGCGUCAUAUAAUGGUCCAUACUGGAGAGAAACCAUACAAAUGUGAUCACUGUAAUAAAGUUUUUUCUUCUAAAUACCAUUUAAAUACACAUUUAAUGAUUCAUACAGGCCAAAAACCAUACAAAUGUGAUCACUGUAACAAAUCUUUUAGUCGUAAAGCAUUUUGUGAAAUACAUUUAAAGACUCAUACUGGAGAGAAACCUUACAAGUGUGAUAUUUGCAAUAAACGUUUUACAAAAAAAUAUCAUGUCAAGCGUCAUAUAUUGAUACACACUGGAGAGAAACCAUACAAAUGUGACCACUGUAACAAAUCUUUUAGUCGUAAAGCAUUUUGUGAAACACAUUUAAAGACUCAUACUGGAGAGAAACCUUACAAGUGUGAUGUUUGCAAUAAAUGUUUUAGGACAAAAUAUAUACUUAAUUGUCAUAUUAUGGUACAUACUGGAGAGAAACCACAUAAAUGUAAUCUCUGUAACAAAGUUUAUGCCUAUAAAGCAAGUUAUAUUAUGCAUUUAAGAACUCAUACUGGAGAGAAACAGGUUAACAAGAAAACUGGAAUUUAAAACCCCUAAUGGUCUGAUAAGAAUACUAUAAGAAUAGAUGAGAUAAGAAUACUGAAAAGAAACAAAUUCAUGUGUGAUAUGUGCAAUAAAAUGUUUUACAACAAAAUAUCAUAUAUAUCAUACCUGCCACUUUAAUAUUUUAACUUAAAUUUAAAUUUAAUCUAUAAUUUGAUAAAUUAGGUAAAAGAAUUACCCAUGACUGUGAAAAGAAAGACAACCAUGGUGACUAAAUAAAGUACACAGUAGUAUGUACAGGUGGGUGAACUGACGACUGAACGGCCUGAGGGAAAUUCAAAUAGUCAGGAGUGACAGUAUUAGAAGACAAACCAGGGUAAUUCAGGGGAUCAGGCAAAAUGGAGAUGGACUGGCAUCUGUUGCGUGGGCCGGAAAAAUGGAGCAAAGUAGUCACCAAUUGGUACCCACGAGAUGGAAAAUGUAAUAGAGGGCAUCAACAUCAAAGAUGGAAGCUAACUGCAGACCCAUGUUAGAGAAGGGUAGUUCUUGAUAGAGCGCACUGGAAAGAUGUGGAGGAGACCUGUGGCAAGAGGCACGCUGAGUUAAGAGAUAUAAUGUAAAAAUUUAAAAUGCAAUGUAAAAUUGUAAUGUGAAAAAUAUUUGUAACUCAGCUGAAAAGACGAUAAAUAAAAAAUAAAUACAUUUUAUGCUACUACAGUUGAAAUAGCAUAAAGUAUACUGAUAAAUGGAAUGUUCUCUGCUUUUCCAUCAGCCGAUUUGAGCUGGCUCUUCAAUGUUAAAUGGAGCAUGUUACAGAGGUAACAAAGUAAGAGUGAUCGAACAGAAAAACGAAAUAUGAUAAAAUACAAUUUGAGCUAACAUGCUAGUAGUUUCUAAUGCUGCAGUUAAGGAAUAGAUAAACUGAGAAUUUUGUAAAAGGUUUCUAUUUGUUAUUAUUUUACUAAUAAGUUUAUUACUUCAUUGAUUAAGUAAGUUAUGAAUUAUGCUAUUACUAUACCUACUAGGAAAUUAUUCUUAGAGCUAACUUUAUUCAUGAAUUAAAAGUUAAAAUAAUAAUUUGA